AUGCAUGAUACGUACAUGAGACAAAAAAAAAAAUUGCCUACUGGGUCGGCGGCUUCAGGUAAAAAAAAAUGGCCUUUGAUGGAUAAUCUAUCAUUUUUGGACACAGUUGAAUAUGAAAGAAAAACUUCUACAAAUGUUGAAACGCAAAAUAUUAUGUCCAACGAUUCAUUCAGAGAUGAAGAAGACACCGUGGACGUGGAGAAUGAAAGUAACAGUGAAGCGGAUAUACCCAAUUUGCCAGCAGUGUCAUUUGGAGGGAAACGAUUACGGUCUAAAGAUGAUAAAUUAUCGGCAAUAUUAGCCAAGAGAUCAAAACAAAGAAAUGAAAUGUUAUCAAACAUCCAGGCACAAAAUAAUUUACUAGCAUCACAAAACCCGCAACAAGAGGACGAAGUCGACGUUUUUUUUAAAAGUAUUGCCAUGACCGUCAAAAAAUUACCUUCGAGGGCAAUCAACGAAGCUAAACUUCGAGUACUGACAAUGGUGAAUGAGAUGGAAGAAAAAUACGUGGUUCCUGAUCAUACUAAAAUAAUUCGACCUGAUUAUAUGCUGCCUUUAAAUAUUAACAACAUGACACAGUGGCUAUCGCCGGUCAACUCCUACAACACUGCUGCAUCGAGUUCUUCAUCUGGAUUUAUUCAAUACAACCAUGAUAGCAACAGCAUGACACAGUGUUCAUCACCGGCCAACUCAUCCAACACUGCUGCAUCGAGUUCUUCAUGUGGAUUUGUGCAAUACAACCUUGAUAGCAACAGCAUGACACAGUGUCCAUCGCCGGCCAACUCAUCCAACACUGCUGCAUCGAUUUCUUCGUGUGGAUUUGUGCAAUUAAACCAUAAUGAAAAUAAGUAG